CCAUCUGAUGAGCGCACUCCACGACUGACGAUGCAGCUGGGAGCAGCAUGAGUUCGGAGCGAGCGGAGUAUGACAUGGUGUGUCAGAGAGCCGUGACCCUUAUUGUCGACCUAUGCCUGCACAACAGCACGCUGUUGGAGCAGGACACGUGUCAGGAGUUCCUCUUCCUGUUGUCCGGCCACGGCGCCAAGCAUACGGAUCAAGACGCUACUUUUGGCCUCCUGCUUGGUGUGUUUGUGCUCGGUGGCUUGGUUCUGUUGGGCCUCCUGGCCUUUGGUUCCUGGAAGCGGUGCGGUCUGCCUCAGCGGCGCAAAGCCAGCUUCCUCGCGCCGUCCCCCAGCCCGGAACACCACCCACUGCAGCUGCCUCGCCCGUUGCCAUUGCCGUCGUCCCCAGGUCCCCAGCAGCAGCAGCCAUUGGUUACCAUGGCAACCGAGAAAGUGAAGGACCCCGUGGGCCCGAUGGGAUUCCUGGAGGCUGCUGUUAAGAUAAGCCAUACAUCUCCUGACAUCCCCACUGAUGUUCAGCUCUCCAUGAGGGAGCACUUCCUACGUCGCACACAGCGCAUGCAGAGACAAACCACAGAGCCAGCUUCCUCUACCAGGCACAAUUCCUUCAAAAGGCACCUUCCUCGACAGAUGCAGGUUGGCAGCCUCGACUUGGGGAACGACUACAUGUUGGACAAAGAGGAAAAAUCCACAAGCAUCGGCCGCAUUCAGCCGGAGCUCUACCAGCAGAAAACGUUGGACUCCGAGGACUCCUCCAAGAAAGGCAGCAGCAAAAACUGUGGUAGGAUUAACUUCUCUCUGAAGUACGACUACGACAACGAGGCCCUACUCGUUAACAUCAUCAGUGCGGCUGACCUUCCCGCCAAGGACUUGUGCGGCACGUCCGACCCUUACGUCAAGAUCUACCUGCUUCCCGACCGCAAGAAGUUCCAGACGCGCGUCCACCGGAAGACCCUCAACCCCACCUUCAGCGAGAGCUUCCACUUUCCCGUGCCUUACGACGAGCUGGCCGUCAGGAAGCUCCACAUGAGCGUCUUCGACUUCGACAGGUUUUCAAGACACGAUAUGAUUGGGGAGGUGGUGAUGGACAACCUGUUUGAGACGUCAGACCUGUCCCGCGAAACAAAUAUAUGGAGAGACAUCGAAUAUGCCACCAGCGAGAGUGUCGACCUUGGGGAGAUCAUGUUUUCACUCUGUUACCUGCCCACUGCUGGAAGACUCACGCUGACUGUCAUCAAGUGUAGGAACCUCAAAGCCAUGGACAUCACUGGAUACUCAGAUCCUUACGUCAAAGUGUCGCUUAUAUGCGAUGGGCGACGUCUGAAGAAGAAAAAAACCAGCAUAAAAAAGAACACCUUGAAUCCCACCUACAACGAGGCCAUCAUCUUUGACAUCCCACCUGAUAGCAUGGACCACGUCAGCCUGCACAUCUCUGUCAUGGAUUACGAUUUGGUCGGUCACAACGAGGUCAUCGGCGUAAUGCGGUUGGGAUGCAAUGCAGAGGGACUGGGAAGGGACCACUGGAAUGAAAUGUUGGCUUAUCCUCGCAAGCCCAUCGCACACUGGCACCCCUUAGUGGAGUCCAAGAAAUCUGAGAAGGAGUGGAAAGCAAGGGCUGCCAGCUUUGACAGCCAGGGCUCCUGUCCUUCCCCCCGCCCUCCAGCGACACCCUGAGCAACACCACCUGAGACCUCUGCAACCUCCUGCAACCCAGAUGGGGGGUGGUAGGACGUUCCUCCUGCCUCCUGUGGAUCCAUUUCCUAUCUGUGUGAUUAUCGAGGAGAAACCCUGCUGUCGCUCCUGCUCUGUACUCCCCCGCCACCCACCCACCCACACACACACACACACACACACACCUCUCUACCCCACCCCUUCAGUUGACUGCCAAACCCCACCUUCCCCAGUGUGGUCCAAGAGGACUUAGGAGUACGUCAGAUCAGGUCAUAUUUUUGGAUAUUAUGGCGGCUCAACCUGCAGAGAUGGGUGUUUCAAUACCCUUCUUCCUUGUUUGGACAUGCGUGCAGACUGUUAAACUAAGAAAGUCUCAGAGGGAAGCGGGAUGUCUGAGGAGACACGUUUCGCUUUGUAAAACGUCCUGGUGCUGCAUUCAUUUACAUCAAAACAAAAUUAAACUGUAGCUUCAUUAAGGUGUUAAGUUGAGUUUUCAGUUGCAUCAGUGUGUUGUGAUACCAAUUUUUUAGACUUCUGGCUAAGUCACUAAUAAGCAGAAUGAUGAGUACUGUAAUAAGUAUUCAAUUAAAGCUUGAAAACAAGGAAAUGAAAACAACAGCUAUUAACAUACGGUAUUUGCUCAAAAAGUGGCUGUCUCUCAGAUGCCCUGACCCAAUUAGUUGCUGGUUGCAUCAUCCACUUAAGACAAAUAAAAUCCCUCAAAGACCCCCCCCCCCCCUCCCCUCCCCAAAAAAACAGUGCGAGAUUAAACGCAAUUUGUAAUGCAUUACGCUACGUGGAGGCAACAGUGAUUUGUGUUCCAGUUGACUCAGAAAUGGGAUCACUCCCCAAUGUUGUGUGCAUCCAUGUUUAUGCUUCUGCCAAGUCUGCCUCGUUUCUUGAUGUUUCACCGCACUUCUCCAUAAUGGUCAUUUUAUUUCGAUUCACUUGAUAAAUAUACCUCCUCCAUAUUGUAUAAAUAGAAAAUAUUAAUUCAAAAAUACAUUUAUACAAAUAAAAGUAGAGCCUCUCCUCCACUGUAAAAGUGCCCCCUCCAUCUGCAGUUGAGUUCAUAAGCACUCAUGGCCACUAUCGCACAACUUCUCAGUUUCUGGUUGAUAUUUGCAUUGCCUCCGUGGUCUCCUCUCUUGGAGGAUGUGUGUAUAAUUUUGUGCAUAUAUUUGCGUACUUUUUUUGUGAUUGUUUGCAUUCUUUUAAACCAGACAAAAUGUGAAGCUACAUGUAGCCUAGCAGGUGGUGACGAUUAGAGAAAAAAACACUUUCUCGAUGUUUACUGCGUUGGUUCUCUUGUGGAAAAUGUUAUAAUUUGUCACCCAGAUGCCGGUGUGGUUUAGUUGGCUCCCCUUAUUCAAUUUGCUGUACCUGCUGUCUUUCAAGCAAACAGUGAAUUUUAAUGACGAAAAAUGUUGCGUUGUGACAAGAAAUCUGUACUUUGUUUUGUUUUGUAGAUGAAGAAGUAAAUAUUUUGUACCAAGAAGAAAAACGCCUUUUAGGCUGUGUGAGUGACGAAAAUGUAUAGUUGUUGGAUUACUAAAUGUAAAUGUGCGUCAUUCAAAAUGAUUUUAUAUAUAUUUCUAAGUUGUGAUUUAAAAGUAGAAAUGUGUAAGCAUUUCACAAUGCUAACCCCCAAACCAACAGGAGGCAGUGUAAUUACAAUACUCUCAAUAAAACCAAAAAGUUAAAGUUUAUGUUUUUAUCUGAAAAACAACUCUUUCUUAGCAUUUCAGAUCACAUUAAAACCUUGGAAAAAAAUCAUACUAUUCGAAUGAUACAGUCUUGUCUUUGGACAGCGACAGAUACUAGCAAUGAACAUGGAAGUAAUAACUUGCAUAGCAUUCUUCUUAUCCUGAAAAUAGAACAACAGUAGGAAAGCAUGACUUCCAAUGAGUCAUCAUUUUUUAAAAAUUAAUUCAAUUGAUUGCGCUCGAUUUCAAUGGACGAAUAAAAAAACUAAUCUUGAACUGGACGAUGGCCAGAUGUGUCACAUCCAGUGGUGACCAAUCAGAUCUUUUCCUGAUAAGACAAUGUUAAGUUUUAAGAAAGUGUUUAUAGUACAAUCGAAUGACCUGAUUUAAAAUCAAACUAAUGAAUUAAAACAAAUGUUAAGUUGCUGUCCAAAUAGUAGUGGAAGCUGAUUGGACAACAAUUCAAUGUUGCAAAUCCAGUGUUGGCCAAUCGGAUUCAAUCUGGGGUGGGUUUUAAAACUUGUUUUUACUGCCUGCAAAUGGCCCAAAAAGUUACUUACAGGCAUGAAAAAUGUUGUUUUGAUUGCAACUUUCAAAUAAACAAAAUCAAACGCAAGGUUGUUUUCGAAAAUGGAAGGUGAUUGAGCAAAUAUUAGAUGCACCACUCAAUGGCAGCCAAUCAGAUAUUUUGAUAAAAACAAGUCAACAGGGUUGACUGUUCCAGGGGUCCUGCCCCAAGUCGCCCAAAAAAUGGCACUCAAAAAAUAAAAGAGUUUGUUCAAUGUUGAAACGAAGCUUCUGACAUGAUGGAUGUCACGGUACUACUGGCCUCACUGUGCUCGCAUCAUACAAAACAGUUUGUCUCGAGGGGCUUUAGGGCUUCAGGAUAUGUGCAGAUGUUUCCGCAAGGAUCUGUUUUAGACAUUUACUCCUUGUCUGGUGUGUCGACGAGGUGGGGUCAGUUCACUCGGGUCGGCAUUUUGGAGCAGAGGCUUUUUGUUUAAUGGGCCCUCGUUGUCUGUGUUUGACGUCACCCCCCACAGUAUCAUUGACGCCACCAAACUUGAUCUCAGUCACUUUUAUUGACCUUUGAUUUAAAUUAUUUUUGUUUUAUUUUAUAUUUUGUUCAUUCUUAGUCAUGCAGUAUGCCUUUUUAUGCUGGAACAGUUAAGCGCCAACAGGAGAGCAAAAAGAACAACAAAUAUAAUAACUGCACAACAACUAGGGAUGUAAGAAUACCACUACGAUACGAGUACGAGUACAAGUACUUACAUUUGCCUACUCGUUGAUAUCCAUUACGCAUUGAAAUUAAGAUGAAAAUGUGUUUUAUUUUGAUCAAAUAUUGCACAAAACUAACUUUUCUUACACGUGGCAGAAGUUUUACUGAAAUGUAACACUUUUUAGACUAACAACUUGUCAUUACUGACAUUUUAACAUCCAACAACAUGUUUUUCUACCAUUCUUGCCAAACUUUUCACUUAAAUUUUAUGUAGUGUCUCAGACUGAAUAAUAGGGGGCCCUAUGUAAAAUGAGUACUUACAGUAGAUAAAAGGAGAAAGAAGAAAGAACACGCCCCUGCUUACACCUCUAGUAGACACAUCUUUUUCUUUAGUGGCUCACAUAAAAAGAUGUGGCAUGCCGAAGCUGGGCCCAAACCGUUGAGUUUGAAAACUGUGAACUACAAGGUUCAAACUGUCACUAUCAUAAAUGUUUUAUUAGCUCUACAGGCAUUUUCACAUUACCAACUGUCAAGUUGGAAAAUAAGUCAAACUACUCACCCUUUGAAAGCAACAGGAAAGUGUUUGCCGAGAUAUUUCGGCAGGCAGUAUCAGAAAAAUCUUGUUUUGCGGUUGUUUUGUCAGUAUGUACUAGUCACCGAAACCGAAAACCGAAAUUGAGAAUCCCAAGGUGAAAGCUGAAACGCUGGAAGGGAUUAUCAAGCUUUAUUUGUAAGCGCUUUUCAUACAAUAAAAUGUAACACAAAGUGCUUUACAUUAAUUAAAAUAUAAAAAUAAAUCAAACCUGGCAAUUAUUUAUUAUAAAAUUAUGCCAAAUGUCAAUACAACUGGAUUUAUGGCUAUGAUAGCAGAGCUGCCAACCUAAAGAAAUUCUCUUCCAGAACAAUUUGAAUGUCCAUCUUUUUACCACGGGACAGUUAUUGCGGUAUAUUAUGUAAUAGGAUGAAAAAAAAUCUGCAUACUGUUCAGUUUCACAACAUAACAAUUACUCUAUAAUAGUAAUCAUAAAUUGGCAUCAAUAUUUGAUAUUGCAUGAACAUGGCAGACGCAUUUGCAGCCAAAUGUCCUCUUGAAUGCACUUUUUGUAUUUCAUGUAUCCACUAGUGCUGCUGAAAUGAUGCAAAUGUCCCCACUGUGGGACUAACAGAUGUUAUCUUAUAUAAAGAUUUAUUAUAUUAAUGUACUUUUAAAUAAUUUUGGGGGAACAAGUAUUUCGUUCCACAAUCGAAAAUGCACUUUUGGGAUAUUGUCGGCAUUUCGCCGACCGAAAUUUCGGUGCCUCGCUAGUGUGUACUGUUUAAGCAGUUUUAUGUUCAACAUGGCAUCACCUUGGUCAAACUAAUUUGGGUAUGUUAAGAGACAUAACGAUAUUUGUGUUUUGCUUAUUCUCAGUGAUACUCGGGUGACACACACAAGAGAUAAGUAGCACACACAAACCAUAUGGACAUGGAGGUAAGGGAGCAACAGAGUUUAGGAUUCGCCUCAUCCUAUUAAGAUGUGGAUUCUGUGGACCUUAAUGACUUUGAAUUUUUAUGUUUAAUUCAGUUGUUCAACCACUGAACUAUUGGAGUUUCGAGGUAGGCCUGUCAGGAUAAUUUUUCUAAGAUGAUAUAUUUUCCCAAAAUCUAUCACGAUAAAUGAUUAGAUUGUUGUUGUUGUUUUUUUUUUUAAUGCCUCUGAAAUCAUGAAAAAUAAGGCCCGUCCUUAUUCACUCAUUCAUUAAUUUUCCGUAGCGCUUAUCCUUACUCGGGUGGUGCCUAUCCCAGCUUACUCUACACCCUGAAUUGGUCACCAGCCAAUCGCAGGGCACAUACAGUAUAAACAAACCACUAUUCGAACUCACUUUCACACCUACGGGCAAUUUAGAGUUUUCAAUUAACCUAUCAUGCAUGUUUUUGGAAUGUGGGAGGAAACCGGAGUACCCGGAGAAAAUCCACGGGAGAACUUGCAAACUCCACACAGGAGAGGCCGGAUUUUAACCCAGGUCCUCAGAAUUGUGAGCCAGAUCUGCUAACCAGUAGCCUCCCCCUGCCCUUAUUUUUUCAUUAUUUAUUACAUUUUAUAUUUUGCUGUUAAAUCAUUGUUGUUAUUAUUAUUAUUAUUAUUGUUGUAAUUAUUAUAAUUUACUUUCUUGUUUCGCUAUUAAAUUGUUUAUCUUUACUCUGGGAUAUGGAUCCCCCUUGGGUCUGAAAUAAAGAAUAAAGAGCUGCAAGACUAGCCUGGUUUACAUGGAGCCUUAUAAUCGGUUUAGAAGCCCAAACGGAUGAAAAUGCUCCAUAUAAACACCUCAAAUGGAAUAAACAGACCAAAUCCAAAUGGAAUUACAUUCGGUUUCACAGGGGUGGAGUUUCUUUUGCCAAUCCGAUCAGAAGUACAUUUUCGCAAUCUAGAUGUCAUUCAGAAUAGUCGUGAAAAGUUCUGUCUGCGCAUGCGUCGUCUGUGUGGUUGGUCUGCUGAAGAUGAGCCCUUCGCCUGUCAAUCAAAUAUACGUUAACGUUUGCUGUAGUCAACUACUGGCUGAAUAACGUGUGCCACUGAGGUUAUGCUUAAUAAACAGUUAACGUUCCCGUUUGUGUUGAUUGGGGACUAACACACAACAACAACCUGGAGAGGCACUGACGUUUAAAACAACUUCGCCGCAGUGAAGCGAGCUGUUUAGCUCCUUAACCCGUUAGCUCACAGGCUAGCUCGUUUGCUUGCGGCUGGGCUAGCGAUCACAACAAACAGUCAACUUUCCCUUAAGUGUCUCUGUAGUGUGAAUCUACGUGCUGCACAUGGAGCAAGGCUGUGGAGUAUUGGAUGGAGCCACCAGUAAGAGUGUAGCGGUCUUGGGUCUGCCGGCGUUGCAUAAGCCCACUAGCACCUAAAGACAACUCUCUCGGUCGGCACCGGCUCACCACAACAAUGACCAUUUAUCGAGUCCGGAAAAACUAGCGUUGUCCAUUUUAUUUCUCAAACGAUAAGUCGAUAUAGUAAUUAUCUUAACAGGCCAAUUCGAGUGUCUGCUGUACUUACCUGCACUUUUAGGCAGUUACACGUUUUUGACAAUGUGAGGUUGUUUGGUUUUCAGACUUUUAGCUUUGCCUCACGUUGCCAUCUUUCUCAAAAGAAUUAUUAUUAUUUUUUAAAUGGGCAUUUUGUAUUAGUGUCAAGUGAAAAAAAUAUUCUGUUGAUGAAAUGAAUAACUAAGCAUAAGGAGUUUGUUAUAGAUUUACCAGUGAAAUAAUUGGCAUCAGGUUGAUCCCCACUUGUCACUCUCAAACCACUUUGUUGUUUUCCUUCCAUUGGCUGUGAUGUGUUUUGGUUCUGUGACAUAAUUAGCUUUUUGAUUAAAUGAUUUAUGCAAA